ACACGGAGCUUUUGUCACCGGAAACAUACAGUUUGUUUUUUAAUAACAUAGUUUGUUGUUCUUCAUGAAGCUUGUAAUCUGCGAAAGUCAUACUACAGUUUUGUUUUUAGGAGCUUCCGGCACUUUCUGCUGUCAUUUUAUUUUGACGUCACUGUGUACGUGAGAUGCUAGUUAGCGACUGUCCAUGAGUCCACAAAUUGUUUUAUUUUCCGCCAUUUUGAUAAAUAAAUAGAUAUAGUUACAGUUGACCGACUAAAUUGGUAUUUAAACCGAAAUCUAUUCUUGUUUGUACUGAACAGUGAGUUAAGUCCUUAAAGUAGACUAAUGAGCAGAGUUGAGAGCGCUCCUCUUCUUCCUCUCCUCGGACCCAGCAGCGAGUUCAACCAGCCGAAGUUCUUGCGAGUUGAGCGAAAAGCGUGGUGUGAUCUGAUUGGCUGUGUCAGAGCUCCCGCUUUACAGCCUCCUCACGGACAUUGUAGUUUUUUGCGUAGAAGUUGCCAAGUGUCCCUAGCGACCUAUAACAUGUAGAUGACUACAAACAGGGAGGCUCCGUCAGAGGGGCGGCGUUUGUUUUGACAGCGGCUUGUUUGUAGGCGGGGCUUCUGGCGGGCAUGGAAGUGCGGGUCUGUGAUGACAGCACAGACAUACAGCUGCUGCCGUGACAUUUGGACAGUUACGUGAGGGGGAAGUUUUAAUUUGAAGGAAGUUGAGACACAGAAAGCUGAAGGCGAACAACAGGAUGCUGAGAAAAAUGGUUCUUUUCCUGGCGCUCAGUGGACUGCUGCACUCUGAGCUCACAGGCGUCCUGGAUGACUGCUUCUGUGACGUCGAAAGCAUCGACAUUUUCAACAACUUGAAGAUCUACCCUCGCAUCAGGAAGCUGACAGAGAGAGACUACUUCAGAUACUACAGGGUGAACCUGAAGCGACCGUGUCCUUUCUGGCCUGAUGACGGACACUGCUCCAUCAAAGACUGCCACGUGGAGCCCUGCCCCGAGAGCAAGGUUCCUGUUGGCAUCAAGUCUGGGAACUACAACAAGUACUCGCAGGCGGCCAAUACGAUGUCGGACGUGGUGGAGUGCCAGCAGGCCAAGGAGCUGGGGGCCAUCAACAGCACCCUGAGUAACCAGAGUAAGGAGGCGUUCGCUGACUGGGCGAGACACGACGACGCUCAGGAUCACUUCUGUGAGCUGGACGAUGAGACGUCUCCAGAUGCCGAGUAUGUGGAUCUGCUCCUGAAUCCAGAGCGAUACACCGGAUAUAAGGGUCCGUCAGCCUGGAGAGUGUGGAACAGCAUCUACGAGGAGAACUGCUUCAAGCCCCGGUCGGUGUAUCGACCUCUGAACCCUCUGGCUCCCAGCAGAGGAGACGAUGAUGGGGAAGGUUUCUACACCUGGCUUGAAGGUUUAUGUUUGGAGAAGAGAGUUUUCUACAGACUCAUCUCGGGCCUCCACAGCAGCAUCAACAUCCACCUGUGUGCCGAGUACCUGCUGGACGAGGGAUGGGGACGCUCAGUGUGGGGUCCAAACGUCCAGGAGUUUCGUCAGCGUUUUGACAUGGCAGAGACAAAGGGGGAGGGCACGCGACGCCUGAAAAACCUCUACUUCCUGUACCUGAUCGAGCUGCGGGCGCUCUACAAGGUGGCUCCGUACUUUGAACGAGCCAUCGUCAACCUAUACACGGGAAAUGCUCAGGAGGACGGAGAGACCAAAGACCUGCUGCUGCACAUCUUCAACGAGAUCAAAGCCUUCCCCAUGCACUUCGAUGAGAAGUCCAUGUUUGCUGGACACAAACUGGAAGCCAAAACGUUAAAGGAGGAGUUUCGUCUCCAUUUCAAGAACAUCUCCAGGAUCAUGGACUGUGUGGGCUGCAGUAAAUGUCGCCUCUGGGGGAAACUGCAGACUCAGGGUCUCGGUACUGCUCUGAAGAUCCUCUUCUCUGAGAAGGAGAUCAAGAACCUUCCUGAACACAGCCCAUCCAAAGGCUUCCAGCUUACUCGUCAGGAGAUCGUGGCCUUGAUGAACGGCUUCGGCAGGUUAUCCACCAGCAUAUAUCAGCUCCAUCACUUCCGUCAGCUGUGGAAGGAGAAAAGGUAACAGGAGGCGAUGCUCCACCUGGACAGCAGGCGUCACCGUCCCACACUGCAACAGUCUACUACCUGCUCGCAGAAGAAGGACCUGAGGACCAGCAGUGACCCCUGUUUUUGUCCCAUGAACCACCCCUCUAUAAGCCCCUCCCCCCGUCACACAUCAUGAAUGUGAAUUCUUCAGCCUCCUCUCGCCUUCAUCAGAAAAUAUUUGGAACAUUUAAACCGACUCGUUUUUCUCUACUCUUGAAACUUGUCCUCAAAUUAUUUUUGAAAAGUAAAAAGAAGGAAGAUGUUGAUGUAGGACAACAGGAAUAGAGCGAGGCCUCGGCGGCGAGAGGCCCGCCGCAGCAGGAGACGCUGUGGUUUACAGCUGCUGGGGAGAGCCGCCCUCUGCUGACCUCACAUCCUGUUGUCUUUUAUACUGACACCUGAUUUCCUGUAGAAGAAGGAAGGAGUCUGUUAGGGCGGGCGCCAAGCCUGUCAGCGCACAGCUGCCUUUGUGUUUGUCUUUACCUUUUACUGUUGUUGCUCCAAGUCUGCUCGUGUGUGUGUGUGUGUGUGUGUGUUGGUGAGAGCUCAGAGAUGGUCUUCUCUGACAGGCAGUGAGGCGCCCUCAGAGCGCCAGGCUUCAGUCCGUACAGGCAGAGGUGAAAGGACUAACUCGGCCCUCAUAACAGUUCAUAUUUGUUUGUUUUCAUCAGUAACAAUGUUGAUGUGAUCAUUUGUUUGUAAAAUAAUGGCUGGAUGGAGGCAGCAUGAAGCCAGCUGUAGUUUGGAGGGUUGCUGAGCAUGUGUAGGACAGACACGCCUCGGUCAUGCUUCACUGGAUGUGCGCGCCGCUUAGUGACUGCUGCCAGGACUUCAAAACGUCUCACCAACCGUCACAGAGAUCAGAUACCUGCACCGUCACAGUGUGUGUGUGUGUGUGUGUGUGUGUGCGCGCGCGUGCGUGCGUGCGUGUGUUGGCCAGUACAGAGAAGCUGAUGGGACUGCUGUUUCCUGCUGUGUGGGUGAGCCGUUUCCUCCGCUGCUGUUUGGCUCCAGGUCUGUUGGCUUAAAGACACAUUUGUUUAAAACGUGUUAGAAAUGAGGUUUUGCUUCAGUGUCUUAUUUCACACUGUAAACUGGAUUUAUUCACACAGAAAUCAAACGUCUUUUCAUACGAGUGAAGCUGAGGAUGACAAGCACAGGUUCAGGGGUGCUGUGAGGAAAAGCAGCUGUGCGUGAUUCACAGCUGGAUCCAUACAUGUUAACAGAACACAAACAAACCGCCAUGUCAGCCCCACCGUGAU